GCUGUUCCCCAGCUCCUGGCUGCCCCGUUGCUGAUGACGCCGUGCCCACGGCCGGGUUCGAUGAUCCGGCCCAUCCGGAACGUCACCGCGGCGAGUAUAAAAGGCUGGAAGUGGGAGGCAUCGAGCUAGACUGCGGAGGGCGAGAGACAGCGAGUGGGAUCGGCCCUGUGUGCGGCGCUGGGUGUCGGAGGAGUCCGGUCCUGGGACAGGCGCAGACGGGAGCCAGCCGACCGUCAUCGCUGGCCAGAGCUCGCACCACAUCUGGGACGUGGGCGAAAUUUGCAAAGUUGCUGGAAAGUUUGCGGAAAGUCUGCGAAAUCGCUGGAAAGUUUGCGAAAGUAGUGUAAGGUUGUUGGAAAGUUCGCGGAGUUGUGGAAAAUCUGUGCGCGGGUGCGCGCCGCGCUCCCGGGACGAUCAUGUGUGUGGGGAGGCUGCUGCUGCUGCUGUUGACCGCUUUGGACCUGGUGGCCAUGAGCCGAUCGCUCUCCACCUGUUCCACGGUGGACACUGAACAUAUGAAGAAGAAACGCGUGGAGGCGAUCCGCGGGCAGAUCCUGAGCAAGCUGCGGUUCACCAGCCCCCCCGAGGAGCCGGGGCCCGCCGAGGUGCCGCCACAAGUCCUGGCCAUGUAUAACAGCACUCGGGAGCUGCUGCAAGAGUUGGGCAGGGACCGCGAACAGAGCUGUUUGACUCAUAACACCGAUUUCGAAUACUACGCCAAGGAGGUGUACAAGUUUGACAUGAUUCCCGGCCCAACCGUCGACAAUGAUGUCAGUUCGUGUCGUGGCAUUACGUCCAAAGUUUUCCGUUUCAAUGUGUCUUCCAUGGAGAAGAACGUUUCCAAUCUCUUCCGGGCAGAAUUCCGUGCGCUGCGUGUGCCAAACAUCAGUGCCAAACGGAACGAGCAGAGGAUUGAAGUCUAUCAGAUCCUCAAGCCAGAUGACCACAUCACCAAGCAGCGGUACAUUGCAGGGAAGGUGGUCCUUACCAAGGGCUUCAGCGAAUGGGUCUCCUUUGAUGUCACUGAGAGCGUGAAGGAAUGGCUUAUCAACAGAGACACGAAUCUUGGUCUGGAAAUUAGCGUUCAUUGUCCUUGCCAUACAUUCCAAGCCAAUGGUAUCAUCUCUGCAGAAGGGGAAGUUCUGGAUGUGAAAUUUAAGGGCAUUGAUGACUAUGAAUACACAGAGCGGGGAGACCAGGGCCGUCUCCAGAAACGCAAGGAACAGAAGCUUCUGAGCCGGGGUCCCACCAAUCCCCACCUCAUCCUUAUGGUGCUGCCCCCUCACCGGCUGGACAAUCAGCAGCAGCGACAGAGGAAAAAACGAGCACUGGACACAACGUACUGCUUCAGACACUAUGAGGAUAACUGCUGCGUGCGCCCCCUGUACAUCGACUUCCGACAGGAUCUUGGCUGGAAGUGGAUCCACGAGCCCAAGGGGUACUAUGCAAACUUCUGCGCUGGGCCGUGCCCCUACCUGCGUAGCACCGAUACGCAACACAGCACGGUGCUGGGACUGUACAACACGCUGAAUCCAGAGGCCUCAGCAUCACCCUGCUGUGCCCCCCAGGAUCUGGAGCCCCUCACCAUCCUGUACUAUGUGGGGCGAACUCCCAAGGUGGAACAGCUAUCUAAUAUGAUCGUCAAGUCCUGUAAAUGUAGCUGAGGUUCCCCAGAUCGCCCGUGUUUGUAUGCAUGCGUGUGGGGUCUGUAUGUACAUGUGAGGUCUGUGUGUUGGAGUGCACAUAACUGUAUAGAAGGUACAUGUUGGAGUACAUGUGCGUGGGUGCUGUUGGAGUACAUGUGCAUGGGUGGGUGUGUGCUGGUGUACAUGUGUGUGGGUUCGUGUUGGGGUACAUGUAUGUGUGGGUGUAUGUUAAGAGUUCAUGUGUGGGUAUGUGUUGGAGUACAUGUGUCCAUGAAUGUGAGAGGGACAGGCUUCAAGACCCAAGCGGCAGACACCAGGAGCUAACAAAGGGCCUGGUGCAUAUGCUCAUUGCUGCCUGAUGGAAGAAGCUGGCAAGACAGGAGUCACAAAGGUUCACAAAUCCAAACUCUGCACUAGAAGUAAAGGAUCGGUGAAGUUGUGACGUAGAGAGUGUGGUGGCGACAAGACAUGGGAGAUGAUGCUGAAUAUCUCUGCGCUAUAGCCAGAGGAAGGCAGAGAGCGACACCAGGUUUUAACAUGAGUAACAUUGACCAGUGGGCCAAUGGCUCCUCAAACGGCCCUGUGUACCAGACAUACAGAGCCCAGGGGUUCAAAGGACUGCAGCUGACCCCCUGCUCCAGCCUCAAGAACUCUUUGUAUGUGAGCAGACCAGUGCGAGGAGCUUCCGGCCAGAGAAUGUGCAGUGAUGCAUGAAACAUGCCCUAUAGGACGAGCGCUAUCUUGGCCUUUACUGAGCACCAAUGUUGGCUGGUGGCUGCCAAAUAAGAGCUCCACCCCCAACCCCCCAAUCAUCCCGCUGUGUGUUGUUCACUGACUGUGACAUGUGAAGCCGAAGGGGAGUGUCUAGCAUGGCAGAAUUCCCACAGCAGACGCUCCGGUCAAAACCUGAAUGAUAUACUGACCCAGAGAGAUGCCCUUGCCUGUCAGUGUCACCAAGAGAAACCCCCGUCACCCCCCACCCAGACAGUUACAUUUACUAUUGGUCAAUUUCUCAGUGAUGGUCUCCAUGGGUCAGUCUUGGUGAUAUUCUCUGUGGGUCAGUAACUCAGUGAUGGUCACCAUCAGUCUUUCGGUGACAGUCAGUGUGGUUCGGUCUCACAGUGACAGUCUCCAUCGGCUGGUCUCUUGGUGAUUGUCAGUGGGGCAUUCAUUGUGUGUGAUGUCUGUGUUGCCCCUCUGCAGAGGUGUCUGGGUGGGAUGAGCUCCCCAGUGACCUGUAGGGAGGUGUGGCCACACAGGGAGACUGUGUCUCUCCGAUUUACAUUGACAUUUGCACUGCGGUAUGUUUUCAUUAUAUUUAAUUUAUAAUUCCCAUUUUUAUUUAUUGACUGAUCUAUGGAGAUGUCUCUGCAUACCCUGAGCCCCUUCCUCCUGUCUGCCUCACAGCCAGUCCCUCUGGAAUCCCCUUCCCAACCCCCACCAUGCAUCCUUGCUUCCUACCUCAGCUCCAGAGCCAGCAUCUUAGUGAUUGUCUCACUCUGGACUCCGUGGCACACUGCAACUUAGGAGGAACACUUCCCUCCAUCCUCUACUGGCCAUGGUGUUGUGCCAGGGUCUGAGCCAGCAAGGCAUAAGAGUUGCCAUGAGUCUCACAGAGGAAGUAAGCAGGAUGGGGGCCAAACCUUUGUCAAGGAUCCGCUGUUUGAGUAGGAAGGCUUUGAGGCAAAUCCAACUUUGCUUUUCUCUUGGCAUAUCAUAGUAGGCUUUGAUCAGGGUUCUGUACCUCCCAGAGUGCGAGGCUGGCUUCUGUUCAGAGUGGGUUAUGUCUCGGUAUCUGUGGUACCCAUUGCUGGGGCAGGGAUUCCAUAGUUUGCUAACUUGGUGCACACAGAUCCAGACCAGACUAGGCAGCAGGAGUGCUGGUAUGCUUCCUUAUCUGUGUAAAAAUACUCCUGACAGGAGGUGAGUUUGGAAAUAUCCUGAAAUCCAGCAGAUGCCCCAGUUGGGACAGAGUAUGAUUUCUAACAGAAAAAACAGAGGGAACCUGGCCUCUAGUAACUUCCAUUGUGCCACACUCCCACCCCAACGCCUGCUCAUUAGGAACACAUUUCGUGUGUUCUCAGAAGGUAGACAGCGAAGCAGGCUGUUAGUGGACGCAAGCUCUCAGAACAAGUGCCAAUGGGACAAGUGUGUGGGGAGGGUGGGACCUUCCACUAAUGUACAAAGGGACCAGUGAGGGCUGGGUUCCCUAAUGCCACCAUCUCCAAUACUCCACUUAGAUACAUGAGUUAACGUUUCACAAGCCAUGAAGGAAACCCAUCUGAGGGACGGCUUUGUAAGUUAGUAACCGGACCGAGUGAAAUACUCAACUAUCUCCUUACUGAUGAAAACUACACUGCUGCCUGAUAGGUUGUCCAUACUAGGACACAGUUUUUCCAUACAGUGGAAGGUGUCACAUCACACUGUUAGAACACAACAGUGUGUCUCACAUCAACAAAUCAGUUGGAAGUGGAAUCACUAUUGUUCACUGAGCAAUUGGACUUGUUUUGUUUGAAGGGAAGAAGCUUUAACUUUGAAGAUUCUGAAGGAUUCUCCAAUUUAUGAGGGAAUUCAUCUACUCAGCUGUGGCUGCUGUUUCCAGGUUGGAUAGUAGAAUGGGGUCAGGUCCUGGGUUGGGGCAGAGGGCUACUAACCCAGCUAGAACAAGAGAAAUCCAUUCAAUGGUAGAAAUGAAAACAUUAAAAGGGGUUAAAGGGGAUUUUAUUGGCAAAUAAAUAGCCCAUAAAUUCACAGUAUAUGGAUCACAGGAAAUUGGCUGUUCUGAGAACAAAUGUUUCUUUAGAACAGAGAUGAAGAGGAAUUUCUUUAAGCCAGAGGGUGGAGAAUCUGUGGAAGUCACUGGGCAUAUUGGUAAGUUCACGAUUAGAAACAUUGUCAGAGGAUCUCAGGAGAGAAGGCAAGAAAAUGGGGCUGAAAGGGAAAAUAAGUCAGCCAUGAUGGAAUGGCAGAGCAGACUUUAGGCCGAAUAGCCUAAUUCUGUUUCUAUAUCUUAUGGUCUUGAUUCAGUAACUGGUGAUGGGCAUCUUUUCACCUUUGGGCCCUUGACAAAGCCUUUCUGAGUCCUUUCGGUGCUCCUGCUACACUGCUGGGAGGAAGCUCCAGAACGAUGCAGGGUGGUAUGAGCCUCAGGGGGGUUCUCCAGUACCUGCUGGUGUUUCCUCCUCAUUGAAUGAUUUGUUGAUGGUGAGGCUUUGGGAGGGAGAAUGGGAGUGUGGUGCAGCUCUGUGAAUGAGUAACUGUAUUCUGUAAACAUGUCUGUACAGUGGUAAUAAAUCUGCAGGGUUUACUCGUACUGACAACAGGUAGACCAGGACUCCCGUGCCACCCCUACUUGUGACGGUAACGGGAAGUCCCGCAUGGCCAUCUCAAACUGGUCACGCAGGGGCAGCAGUUCUGUGGAAAGUUGCACAUCCCACCUGCUAAUUUAUUUUGUAGUACGUUUUCCCAUUAAUGAAUAAACCUUUUUUUUAAAGAAAAGCGAAUAAGGUUGUUGAAUGCAACUUAGUUGAGAUUAAAGUGUAGUUUGGAUGAA